AUGAAGAAAUCUGUUCCCCGGGGUAGUUAUGAAGAGCAAAUGACUAGCUUUGAGGGUGUUGAUUUGACAGCUGUAAGUUGGAAGGACAAUAAACCGGUCACUUUCCUAUCUUCAUAUGUUGGUGCAGAACCUGUUUCUCUAGUAGAAAGAUUUGACAAAGUUAAUAAGACCAGGAUCAAGAUUACGUGCCCACGUGUAAUAAAAGAGUAUAAUGCCCAUAUGGGCGGGGUGGAUCUUCUGGAUAGCUUCAUUGACUUGAAAGGUACUGAAGGAACUUCAUCAGUUCUGAAUUUGUGUCAAUAUAGACUGGAACUAGCUGAGGUUCUAGCUAAUAUAAAUAAUGCAUCUGAACUCUGUAACAAACGAGGAAGGCCCAGCACCAGUAACAGCGUUGAAAUGUCAAUACAAGUCAAGAAAAGUAGAGGACCAGUUCAGCAUGUUCCACCUAAAGAUAUCAGGACAGAUAAUGUUGGUCACUGGCCUGAUGAUUGCACCCACAGUAGAUGCAAAAUGCCUGGGUGCAAGGGAUAUACACAAAGUGAGAAGUGUGGAGUAACCCUUUGCCUUACUAAAUCUAGGAAUUGUUUUAAAAACUGUCAUAUGUAA